AUAUAAAUUAAAAGUGUCAGUUUGUGGCUACAGCAAGUUUUAAGAAACAUAAAAAUAUAAAAAUAACAAAAAACAAAACUAUUUUGGACUUUACACAUUUGGAAAAUUAACGGAUUUUGGAACAGUCGUCAGUGUAUUUGACAAGGCGACAAGGAUUUGACUUCACGGCGAUUACAAUUAAAUAAAAAAGCUUUUCGCCGUGUGCGUUUGGAUAGAAAACUCGAAGAUAAAUUGACGCGUCAUUAAGACCACGUGUACUUGUGUGUGUGUGUGUGUGCAGCAAAAACGCACGCCAAGCAGAAACAAAAAGGAAGGAAGCUAGCAAAGGGAGGAGGAGCACAACGACUCAACCUUUGYUAUUGCGCAGGCGCACAGCACACGUGUCGACGAAUAAAUUGCGUAGUACGUUCGCGUUUGUAUUUGARGAGGAGCAGCGGCGCAUUUUGGUGUAGCGCGCACGCCAGCCAGCACUACAAGCCAGUUAAAUGCGAAGAACGCCCAAAAGCAGAAAAUCAACAAAAUUGGAAAAUUCCCUUUGGCAUUAUCAGAAAUUCUUCAGAGAACUUAAACAACGACGCAUAGACUUUAUGCAGCAAAAAAAUUAUCGAAAUUUUCAUUUUGGCAACAUUUAUUCGGAUUGCUUUGUGGCAGUAAAACAACAACAACAACAAGAGCAACAACAAAGUGCACGAAGGCAAAUAGAAGCGCAAACGCAGAGGCAAAAGUAUAAUUUGAAGCAAAAGCAAGGGCAAGUGCAAGUGGCAGUGACAGUUGGCGGAGUUAGCUUCACGUACGAGCAACAAGCGCGCAGCUUACGCAAUACGAGUCACAGCAACGCAAGAACAACAACGACGAGUACGAUAAGCGACGAAAGCGCUAGAACAGCAUUAACGAAGGGCAACGGCUGCAGCAAUUCAACGACGUUGAACAGUAGCUCGGUGACGGCAACGACGCCGGGUGCGAGUAAAACGGAUACCGAUACAGUUACGUGGACGAAAGCGACACGCAGGCGCGGAAAUACGCCGUUAAAGCCUAUGCCGUUACUGCAGCAAAGUAAACAAAUCAAAGCAGCAAUCAACAACAACAAAAACACUGAAGAAAAGUGUUGAAAGAAAUUAUUUUUGGCAAGAAGCAAGAAAAAAGAAAAGAACGGGGAAAACAAAGUCCUCAAACACAACAAAAACAACAAGCUACGCAUGUGCAUGGCUUGAACCAAAGCAGCGGCACACUUAACAUUUUGGAAAUAGUGUCGAAAUUUGUGUGGCAAUUAAUUGCCGCUUUGGCUGCUGGACAACACUUAGCUCCUAAUUUUCGGGCUAACAACACAAACAUUUGGCUGUUUUUACAAAUACACAUAUACAUAUACGUAGCUACGUUCUUAGCGUUAAUWCAUUUAGUUUUAUUGUUUCGUACCGGUAACUUGCAACUAAAACAACAUUCGUGUUUAAUUUUGAAGCGUUGUUAGUGCUUUAAAAAGAUUCUACAACAAAUUAAGAGUUUAAUUUUUAAUUAAUUAUAUUAAUCACUACUACUUAAAAUAAUACAAAAUGGAUCCACAACAACAAUUUUGUUUAAAAUGGAACAGUUACUCGUCCAAUUUGGCCAUAACAUUCUCAAAUCUAUUCAAAUCGGACGUAUUGGCGGAUGUGACGUUAUCGUGUGAUGGUCGAGUAUUCAAAGCACAUAAAUUAAUAUUGGCCGCCUGUUCGAARAAAUUCGCCGAACUGUUCGAAAGCACACCCACAAAUGGACAAUGCGUUGUCAUAUUGGAGGCUACGUCCUCCGACAAUAUGGCCGCACUGCUCGAAUUUAUGUACAAAGGUGAAGUGCAUGUGUCGCAAGAGGCUCUAAACAGUUUCCUCAAAUCUGCGGAGAAUCUGCAGGUGAAAGGACUGUCUACAGAAACUGGCCGUUUGGCCGCCCAGCAAGCUCAACAACACAUCGAUGCAUCGCCACUCGACUCGCCCACCGGCCGACGCAGCAUGCGCAAUAGCCUAAGCGGCGCUGGCGGUCUCGGCAGUGCCGUAGGUGGUAAUCCGCUCAGCAGUAUAGGUGGUGGUAUACCAAGCGGUGCCAUUAUCGGUGGCAAUAUGGCCGCUGCAAUGGCUGCCAAUGCGGAACGCAUUAGUAACAGUGGUAAUGGUAGCGGUGCCAGUGGUAACGGUUGUUCCGGUAGUAGCAUUAUCAGCGGUGGUGCACAUUGUAAUGCUACAGCCAGCGGUGCAGGUGCUGCUUGUGGUGGUGGUGCUAGUGCGAGCGCUGGCGGUCCAGGUGGUAUGGGUAGCGGCGCAGGCGUUGCACACCAUCUGAGCAGUUCGAGUGGUAAUCUGAAACAGGAGUGCGAUUCACUGAUGCAAAGUAGUACCGCUGCAGCGCUGGCCGCCGGUAUACCWCCUUAUGUACCGCCCAUCUAUCGKCCAAUGUCAUUUGAACCGCCACGCAAACGUGUCCUCCGCAGUCCAUAUGCCGAGCACGAGGUGCGAGGUAGUGUGUUACGUGACGGCUCGAAGAAUUCAUCUUCAGAGUGUGCGAGCCCAAUCAGCAAACCGCCCUACCAUCGGCCAUCGUCGAGUGCAUCGUCGAAUGCACCAACUGAGGCGGACACAAUGCAAUCGGAGCGCACAUCACCGAGCCGUUAUGAGAAUCACAGUCCGGGCGCCACAGCUGGUAAUGGCAACAUGCCGAGCAAUUUGUCCGGCAGUCUAGAACGAACAGUGAAAACGGAACGAAACAAUGGCAGCACACACGAGGCUAACGAUGACGAUCAAAGCGAGCACGACGAAUCGAUUGAUAAUGGAGCCGAAGAUCUGCGAGUGAAAUUGGAGAACUCAAGCUAUUCGCCGCCACCGCCACAGCCACCUACCCCGAACGCGUCGUCCACAACACCAUCCGCCCUUUUAGAAAAUCUAAAGAACGUCGAAGCCGGUUUGCCGAGCAAUUUGGCCACCUCCAUAGCGCCGGAGGAUAUGUUGAAUGUUUGGAAUGCGACGAAAUUGAAUAACAAAAACAGUGGCAUGGUCAAUACAGCGGACGGUAAGAAGCUGAAGUGCCUGUAUUGUGAUCGCCUCUAUGGCUAUGAAACAAAUUUACGCGCACACAUCCGCCAACGUCAUCAAGGCAUCCGCGUCCAUUGUCCCUUCUGUUCGCGCACCUUCACCCGCAACAACACAGUGCGCCGACACAUUGCACGCGAACACAAACAGGAGAUCGGCUUGAACGUAGGCAGCAGCGGCAUUGUGCCCGCUUCCGUCGUCGCUGCGGCUACGGCGGCAACCGCGAAUCACUCGCAAUAGGAUGCGGCCGCAACAGCGGCAGCAGCAGUAGUCAUGAGUGCGCAGAAGGCAGCAGCAAAACAACGUAAACGAAAAUCAUUGAAAAUGGCAUUGGAAAAGUGCAUGCAACGACGCGACGCGGCAGCUAGCUGUGGUGGCAGCACUAGCACCGGCAGUGUCGUCGUCGUUGACGGCAGCAGCAGCAACAACAACAAAAWCAGCAGUGGCAAUAUUGGCGACAAGGCGCACAGCAGCAGCGCGCACGCUAGCGCCACUGCCGUCGGCGUUAUAGCCAGUACAUCAACACGUGCGGCAGAAGAACGCAAACAACAGCAGCAGCAACAACUUCUACAGCAGCAAAUCGAGUUGGAGCAGCGAAAGCAGCAGCAACAUCAGCAACGUAAGCAGCGUCAAGAACGGCGACGUCAUAGCACAGUGCGCGGACGUAGCGCUAGCGAAAGCAGUACAGUGGUGGAACAACAUGAGGACGCGGUGGCAGCGACKGAGGAAACGGCAGAGCCAGGCGCCAAGCGUGAGAGACAAGAAACGUCGACAACUGUGGAAAGUACAACUGAGGGUGAUACCUCAUUUAUGGAUACGACUGGCAGCAGUUGUGCCACAACCACUGCCACCGAUACUUCCACCACUAGCACCAACAACGCUACAAUCAACGAACGGCACAAUAACACAGCCAGCACUAUCGACUCAUCGACUGGUGAGUUGGCGGACACCACUGCGGAGCGUUUAGAUACAACCAGCGAACUCGAAACCGAUWCGGAGGAGUUGCCAACGACUACAGGCGCUUUGGCGCCAACUGUAGUGACGCCCAAUAAAGCAGAUAGUGUAAAGGAAACUACAACCACCGACGCAGUUGCUAAAGAAAAUGUUGCUGAUACGACACCAACCACAACAAUAACAACAGCAUCGUUUGCUGCACCCACUUCAGCCUUCAAUGAGGCUGAGCAAAACCCACCGGUACAAAUGGAAGCCGACGAAGUUGAAAAAGACGUCGUGUCCAGCAUUAAAUCCGAAGCUGCUGCGGACGCUGGCGCGGCGGAAACGCAGGUAACCACAACUCAAACAACAACAACAACAGAAAAAGAAACUGAACACGCUGAAAAUUUUGAAAAUGCUAACGCCAAUGCUAAACCAACAUCUACGACAACGACAAMAAAUGCUGCUGAAUAAAUGUUGUUGUUGUUAAAUAUAAGAGACAAUGCCACAAUAUAGUUGGAGGGGGAGAGAGAGUAUGAAGAAGAAUUGAWGAUUUUCGUUUACGCGCACUUAAAAAAAGAGCACGAAGCUUUUGCAUUGAGCCAAAGUUUUUGCUGCUCGCAUAUAAGAAAAAAGGAAGGAGAAAGGGAAGUAAAACAGAGACUACUGUUGCAACCGCUGUUGCGCUCGGAUGAUGUAUGUAUAUUAAUUACA